AUGAGCGACAACGAUCCUUCCCGCCCGGCUCCUCGCCCCUCUUCCGCGGCCGCCUCGUGCCAGGUGGAGAGCACUGCCAUCUGCUCUCACGUGCAGCACGUGCGGUGGGGCGAGAUGUCGAUGGUGGAUGCGGAGAGGCGCCUGCUGGAGGCGGCCGUGCAGGACGAGGCCAACAGCUUCUUCGCGCUGCUCAGUGAGAGGCGAGAGGUGGGGGGCGAGCGUCAGCUGUGGCCUUUUUCCCCAUGCCCACCCUCAUACCAUAUCUCCCCAAUGCCUCUUUUUUUCCCCCACCUGCUCCUCCCCCACGCCCAUUCCCCCUCAAAUCAUGCCCCUGGGCGGGCGCGCAUCAGCUGCAUACCGCUGUGGCCGUUUGACUACGUGUACAGCUACAUCGCCUCCUCCUCCGCCAGCUUCGUUGACGCGUCAGUGCUGCUCCCCCCUUCCCCCUUCCCCCUUCCUCACACCACACCGUCCACCCCUUACGCCACGUACGCGGACCCAUACAGCACGUCGUUUGGGCGGUACAUUCCGCACAUCUUCAUGCCCGUCAUCCGCCGCCACCAGUUCCUCAAAGGCAACCAGGUGCGGUGCGGUGCAGUGCGGCUCACAGGCAACCAGUGGUUCAUCCUGCAGCGGCGGCAUGCGGAGGCGGUGGUGAGGGACACGCUGCACUACACCAAGCACAACGUCAGCUGCGCCUUGGAAAAUCGCUCUUCUAAGAGGCCCUUUCAUGCAUGCAUCAACCCGCACAUGCAUCAACCCCCUCAUGCCAUCUCACUGCCAGCGCUCUUCCUGCCAUGCCCCCCCUGCCACGCCCCACACACCCCCUGCCAUGCUCCUCCCUGCAUUCUCCCCCCCACACCACGCAAUGGCCCUCCCUGCCAUGCUGCUGCACAGAUGACGGACCCACGAGGCAUAUCGCGCUACCCCACCACCUUCACGGACUGGAGUGCCAACGAGUGGCACCCCUCACUCUACCUGGGCGCCAACAUGACAGACCAAGUCAUCACCACCAUCAAGUAA